AUGCUUAGCAAUUUUAAAAUAAAACCACGCACAUUACUACGUGGAUUAGCCACUGCUGCUGCUGACCCAGCUGCCAAUCCUAAUAGAGUACAUGGUGGAUUAAAAGAUCAAGAUCGUAUAUUUCAAAAUGUUUAUGGAACUUAUGGUCAUGAUUUGAAAUCUGCUCAAAAAAUGGGUGAUUGGUAUAAAACUAAAGAAAUUAUAUUAAAAGGAGAUAAAUGGAUUAUUGAUGAGAUGAAAAAAUCCGGAUUAAGAGGUCGUGGAGGUGCUGGUUUCCCCUCAGGUUUAAAAUGGUCAUUUAUGAAUCCGCCAGGUUGGGAAAAAAAUGUUGGACCAAGAUAUUUGGUGGUUAAUGCUGAUGAAGGGGAACCAGGUACUUGUAAAGAUAGAGAAAUCAUUAGAAAAGAUCCUCAUAAAUUAGUUGAAGGUUGUUUAUUAGCUGGUAGAGCUAUGAAUGCCACUGCUGCUUAUAUUUAUAUUAGAGGUGAAUUUUAUAAUGAAACAGUUGUUUUACAAAAUGCCAUUAAUGAAGCUUAUAAAGCAGGAUUGAUAGGUAAAAAUGCAUGUGGAUCAGGUUAUGAUUUUGAUAUUUAUAUUCAUCGUGGUAUGGGUGCCUAUAUUUGUGGUGAAGAAACCGCUUUGAUUGAAUCCAUCGAAGGUAAAGCUGGUAAACCAAGAUUGAAGCCACCUUUCCCAGCUGGUGUUGGUUUAUUUGGUAGACCAACUACUGUUGCCAAUGUUGAAAGUGUAUCAGUUGCUCCUACUAUUUUAAGAAGAGGUGGUGAUUGGUUUGCUUCAUUUGGUCGUGAAAGAAAUGCCGGUACCAAAUUGUUUUGUAUUUCUGGACAUGUUAAUGAACCAUGUACUGUUGAAGAAGAAAUGUCGAUCCCAUUGAAAGAAUUGUUAGAAAAACAUUGUGGUGGUAUUGUUGGUGGUUGGGAUAAUUUAUUAGGAGUUAUUCCUGGUGGAUCCUCAGUGCCUAUUAUGCCUAAAGAAACAUGUGACAAUGUUUUAAUGGAUUAUGAUGCCUUGAGAGAUGUUGGCUCCGGGUUAGGUACUGCUGCUGUUAUUGUCAUGAAUAAACAAACAGAUAUUAUAAGGGCAAUUCAAAGAUUUUCUCAUUUCUAUAAACAUGAAUCUUGUGGUCAAUGUACUCCAUGUCGUGAAGGUACCACUUGGUUACAAAGAAUGAUGGAUAGAUUUUACACUGGUCAAGCCACUGAAAAGGAAAUUGAUCAAAUUUUUGAAUUGACUAAAGAAAUUGAAGGUCACACUAUUUGCGCCUUGGGUGAUGCUGCUGCUUGGCCAGUUCAAGGUUUAAUCAAAUCAUUUAGACCAGUUAUGGUAGAUAGAAUUAAAGAAUUCCAACAAAAACACGCUGGUGAACACCUUGAAUAUGGUGGAUGGGUUGAUGGUGGUAAAGUAAAGAAUGGUGUUGUUAUUGACAAUCCAUUACCAUCUGGCCAUCAUUAG